AUGGCUGAAAAAUAUUUAGGAAAUUCUGACGAAUCAAAUGAUUGUCUCGAUAUAACUAAAAUGAAAGAGCUUUUUGAUAACGAAAAAAUCUCUGAUGUUAGUGAUGUUCCAGAUACUUUAAAAGAAGUACAGUGGAAAAUGGUCGAUGGCGGCGAUGGAUUAAAAUUGAACUGUGAGAAUGAAAUACAAUUAAAAACAAUCGAAAAAGAGCUCGAGAGAUUAAAGAUACAAAACGAGUUCAUUACGAAUAAAGUUCAUUCAAUUACUAACAGAUCAAAGUUUGAAAAUGAUCAAAUAACAACGAUCAAAGUCGAAACGAACAAGAUUCAAAACGAAAUGGAAAAAAUACAUGACAAAAAAAUAGAAAAAGAAUUGGAAAAUGCAAUAUGCUUUAAAACCAUAAUCGACAAAAUGGUGGGAAUCCAUAGCCAUAUCGACCAGUUUAAAGUGAUAGUAAACGGUUUAGAGACCACUAUAGAAGAAAUAUUUGAAAAUAAAAAAACCAUAGCAGAGAUAAUGGAGUUGUGUGAGUAUAUGAAGAACCAGUAUUAUUUGCAGAUAACUGAAAAUCAACGGCAGUUCACCGAGAAGACCAGUAAACACGUGGAUGAAAUCAAUCAGUUAAAUGCGUACGUGGAUAUUAAAACUAAAGAAGUCAAUGAUUUGGAAAAACGCUGCAUCGAUCAACAACUUUGCAUUGAUUUCCAUCAAAAAUUACUGAAACGCGUCGAAAAGUAUAUUGCCGAUAUGUUAUCAACUAUCUUUUUGUACACAAAACAAUCGGAGAAUGAAAAAAGUCAGUUACUAGUACCAAACGAGAACCAAAAAGAAAUUGUUUCAAUAUUAGCUAAAAAAUUGGAAGAAAUUCGCGCCAUCGUUGGAAAUGAGAGAAUAUCAAGACAUGACGAUUGA